UCGAACUUCGAAGUGGACCGUGUCUGUUUCGUGUCUACUUAGCAGGCUUUCACGACCACUUUAGCCUCAGCUUGAAAUGAUUCCGGAUUCUAGGCUAAUAUUGACGAUGUGUAAAUGGGCCCUGUCAGCCUCGCAUUCUGCUUCAUGCCCCUCGCCCGAGCUUCCCCGGGGUGCCACAACGACGCACUGCGUGGGUGCUCGAAUGACCACACGUUGAGGCGAACAAGUUCCCUACUACUCGUGUCUAUUGCAGUCUCAAAGAUCUGUCUGAAAGUCAAUGUGAUCCCGAAAAUGCUUCUCGUCCCAUGGGAGCUAGGGCAACCCUUACUGUCUCUAAUCAGAACUCAUGAUUGAUUCACGAAUCUGCAGCCUUAGGUAGCCUCUU